AUGACGUGCCCUGCUGAUAGUGGCUCGAGUUGUAGUCCACCAACUGGGAAAAGUGUAAAUUCACCGCCUGAGCAUAUCCUAUCGCAACUAAAUGACAGAAGAACAAAGUCAUCAAUUCCUUCCAGGGAAUCACUCUGGUUGUACCCUUCUCAAAGGCAGUUUUAUAAGUCCACACUCAAUAAAGGAUAUGAUGUAGAUGCAAAUUUAAUACCUGCAAUGGUAGACAUUCACAAUGUUAUCAACGAAAGGGCUUGGGAACAGGUCAUGGAAUACGAAUCGCUACAUGCAAAAGAAUGUGAAAAUCCACUACUAAUUCGCUUUGUCGGUAAAAAGGACCAGUAUACCAUAAGGUCGAUGAUAAACUAUAUAAGAGGCUACAAACUUCCGUACGACAGGCACGACUGGACUGUAGAUAGAUGUGGAAAAUCCAUAAGGUACAUUAUUGAUUUCUACGAGGGUGAAUCCAAAGAAAAAGACAAAUUCGGAGUCUAUAUAGACGCCAGACCAGAGUUGACAUUCUCCGGGAUUUGUGACCGCCUCAGGCUCUUUUUCAACAAGUCAAUUUCUAGGUGA